AUGGAUACCGCGGUGCGACAGAUAAUACUCGCAAUGGCGCUGAGCAUGGCCACGGUAUUCUGCGAGCCUCCUUUAUCCAAUCAAUAUGGCGUGCCUGAAAACUUCGUGGGCGGAAACUCCCAUGGGAACCAUGGUGGAGUUACGAACAGUUACGGGAGUCCCCUUGGAGGAGGUCAUGACCUUAAUCAAGACUACAUCGAUAGCCAGCCAAAGUCCUACGAGUUCGGGUACGCCGUGAAGGAUGCAGCUAGCGGAAACGACUUCGGUCGGAGAGAGACGAGCGAUGGGGACACCGUUCGGGGAGAAUACAGGGUUCAACUUCCGGACGGACGGACGCAAAUCGUGAGUUACACAGCAGAUUGGAGGACUGGGUUCCAUGCCGAUGUGCGGUACGAAGGGGAGGCCUCUUACCCGGAACAGUACAACGCCAACGGCAACAAUGGUUACAACAACAACAACAACGGUGGCAGGAGCUAUGAUUUCAAUGGGAACGCCAUAGACGUCGGCUACAACGGCGCAGGUAAUCAAGGUGGCUACAACAACUACCAGGGCAACGGGGCGAACUAUAACACUGGAUACAAUCAGAAUUACCAAUUCGGCUCGAAUUCGCUGGACAAUGGGUACAAGAACUACGGAGGCUACUCGGGCAACUCGUACGGCUCGAACGAUCCUUCGCCCACGUACGGUACCCCGACGUUCCAUUAA